AGUACGCUACAGCCUUCAGCCAAGCUACAGUGGCAUGGCAUUCCGGUAAAAGCGUGCUAGAUUCGUUCAGUGAGCGGUGUGCGCAAAUAUAGGGUCACCCGGUGACACAGAUACGUCUGCAGCUGGCUCAGCAAGAGUGUUACUGUCUAUAAUAUCGCUGUGGCCAAGUAGUAUGUUGAUAACGUUUUAAGCAAAGAUUGUCCAACAUGCUGUCAGGCAAGGUAGCAGUGGUGACAGGUGCCACCAGGGGGAUAGGGAAGGGCAUUGCCCUGCAGCUGGGGGAGGCAGGAGCUACAGUCUACAUUACAGGCCGCACUUUACAGCCCACAGGCAAGGGGACAUCACUGAUGGAAUGUGCAGAAGAGAUCGAGAAACGCGGAGGAAAGUGCAUCCCUGUGCAGUGUGACCAUGAGAAGGAUGAAAACAUCAAGGCGCUGUUUGAUCGGAUUGAGCGUGAACAGAACGGACAGCUGGACAUACUGGUCAACAAUGCCUAUAAAGCUGUUACGGGCAUCUUUGAGAAUGAGAAGAAGUCAUUCUGGCAGCAAGACCCAGGAUUCUGGGAUGAAGUGAACAAUGUUGGAUUAAGAAAUCACUACAUCUGCUCCGUGUACGCAGCCCGGUUGAUGGUGCCACAGAAAAAGGGGCUCAUUGUGAACAUUUCCAGUCCCGGAGGACUUCGCUACCUCUUCAAUGUGGCCUAUGGCAUUGGCAAGGCAGCAUGUGACCGUAUGGCAGCUGAUUGUGCACAUGAGCUGAGGAAGCACAACGUGGCCUUCAUCUCCUUAUGGCCCGGUGCAGUGAAGACUGAGUUUGUUGCAGACUUACUCACAAAAAGCCCAGAGAGCAAGAGCGCUAAAGUGUUUGCCCACACUGAGACAGUUGAGUUUUCUGGGAAGACCAUAGCUCAUCUGGCAGCAGACCCAAACAUAAUGCAGAAGUCUGGUAGAACCCUGUUCACUUGUCUGCUGGCUGAGGAAUAUGGCUUUACAGACAUUGAUGGGCAGGUGCCCGUGAACUUCAGGACAGUGAAGGACCUGUUGUCCAUGAGAGGCCACACCUGGUUGGCUGCCUGGACUCCUGCAUUUCUCAAGAUUCCUGGAUGGCUUCUCGCUGCUACUACCCACAAGUUCUAAGGACCAUGAUAACAUCAUGGUAAAAGGGUCACCAUAAAGAAGUUGUUAAGCAUAAAAGAAAUGCUUAGUAACACUGAGAACCGGAACUGUAUGUUAACAUUUAUCAUGAUACAAAUACCUUCUAACAUACAGUUUGUUGAUGAAGAUAAUCGUACGAUUUGCAGUGUCAUCAUUUUUCACUACAGUGAAUUGACUGCCCAAAGUAAUUGUUUAUCUGAAUGGUAAUAGAAAUGCUGUUGAAAUCUGUCAUGUAAUGCCAUCAGGGCCACUACAUUAAACAAGUAAAAUGAAAUCAAGACAGGAUUUUGAUUUUGGCGAUUAAGUUUAUUCUGACCCAAGAUGUACAUGUAAUUCCAAAUGACAACCAUUGAACAAGCAAUUUUACAUUUCUGUAGGUCUUAAUUAUAAUGUUGUUUUAAUUUAGAACUUGUAAUAAUGAUCUAACACUAGGCAUUGAUAAUAUUUUUCGAUAUUUUCAAAAUUCCAUCUAUACCACUGGACAGGUUUUUUGAUGUACCUGUUCUAUGUAAUAAAAAUGGCUCCUCAUUAUUAGUGUUCUCUGUCCAUAAUGUGAAAUAUCUUGACCACUGAAAUGAAUUUUAAAAUACCAUCUCUCAGUAGCCUUCUGACAUUUACUUUUGUAAUAUUGCCUUUUCAUAUUUCUUUACAUAUGGAAAAAUGUAAUAAUCUCUAUGUUCCAUAUCAAGAUCCUGUACUGUACUGUACACUUCCGUAGAUGUGAUCUGUAGUAUUUAUACAGAUAUACAUUGUUCAGUUUAUUAACCAGGUGCAUGUAUAAUGUUAACUAAACAUUCUCAUAUCAACUAUAUCUGUUAACAGAGUAAAAUACAGGAAUUCUAUUAGAAAUUUUUUUU